AUUUCUGAAUGGACUGCUCGUGCUGUUUCGCUGCACUGGUCGGUGCUGUUUCAACAGCAGCUAGCCACAAACGGGUUGAGAUUUACCUCUUAACCAACCCCAAAAGAAAGUACACAAUUGUGCAAAUACAUGCCCAAAUCCUGUGCAAAAUCUUCAUUAUGGUUUGCUUUAUUGGUGCAUGAGAUCUUGUAGUAUGUUAGUCUUCCAGCUAAUGGGUGCAACAAUAUGAACAUAUCUUCAACUCUUAAAAUUUGGCUAAUUGCCUAUUGUCCAGUCCUAUGUUGUUGCAGUCUCUAGCCUGUUAGGUGGCUUGCUGACGAAUGACUGGGAUCAUCCAAUUUGUUUACCAUGGUUCAGGGAUCUGUUUAUUAUUUGCAAACCCACUAUCAUAUACUGCAUCUGAUGAUGUGUUUGCCUUAAUUAAAAAUUAAGAACUAGUGUAUUUGUCUAUGUUCAACGAGAAUAAGUUGAAGAUGGGCAGAUUCUCAACUUGAGCUCUCGUCCUGUUAUUUUAUUUUUGCACAUCCAUAACACCACAUGUUUGUAGUUUAUUGGCACAUCCCUAACUUUGUUCAAAGUGAGGAUAGAAAUCACCACAAAGGGCGAUCUCUGUGGGAACCUUAUCCUAAAGCUAACCAAUGGAAACCAGUUCUGUUCCAGAGUGGACCACAACCCUAUCCGUUCAUUUUUCUAUUGUGACUCCAAAAGUGUUAAUUUCCAGUUUUCAGUGGAGAGCAAGUCUUAACAGCACCAGUUAAUGGCUCCUUCAUUGGUGCCACCACCAUCAGCUCCAUCAGCCAUCUCAGCAAGAACACCAAGGUAUAAUGGGCAAUGGAAUGCUGCACCCGAAUGCGACAAGCCAAUUGCUCGGUUCCAUCGCAGGAGAGUAUUCAUAUAUGGUUUGAUUGCCUCUGGGAUUGGUUCAUUAAGUCCUGAUGGCGCAAAUGCUGCACAGAGGCGGCCUCCGCCGCCACCUCCGGAGGAGAAGAAAGACCCCAGUGUGAGUGGUCUGCAGGCCAAAGUCCUCGCCAGCAAGAAAAGGAAGGAGGCCAUGAAAGAAGAAAUGACUAAGCUAAGGGAGAAAGGGAAGCCUGUCGACCGAUGAUAUAGUUAAAGUUGUAUUGAAGAUUUCUCUCUUUUUGGAGAAUAUUUAUUGAAGAUUCUCGGAUAUCUCCCAUUUUCAGUUUGCAGGAGCCCUUACUUUCUCCUCAUUUAACUAUUCUGUGAUGUAUAACUCCGUUCACCCGAGAGUUCAUUCAAAUUUUAUUUCGUAACAAUGAAUGAUUUAUGUGCA